GGGAGCGGUCGGGUGUCAGAUUGGAGUAGGGUGGGGUGCGGCGCUGCGUCAAGAGGCGCGAGCAUCAUACCCCACUUCAACUUCGUCCUCACUGCCUCAGUCCGUUCGGCCCCGACCACAGGCUCGCAGGGCACCGGCCCGGGGAGCACGAUGCCCCUCCCGAGGACUUCGGCCGGGCACUGCGUUCAGACAAAGGGGUGGGAGAUGGAGACACUUCCGUGACUGCUGCUAGCGGCCGCGGAGGAGGAGGACGCGCUGCUGUAGGCACGGAGGCCCGAGCGCAGCGGCAGCUUUGCGGGUGCUCAGGGGCGGGGUGGGAGGCGUCCAUCACUCGCUUUCCUCCGGGCGAGCCUCAAGCCCCCCACACAGCGCCUCUCCGAGCGCCCUGUCCUCGCUGCCGCUCGCCCGCGCGCUCAAUUAGGACCACUGGCCUAGCCGAUUUCUCGCACUCUCGUCGCCGGGCCCCACCGUGCUCCCGCGGUCCGCCCGCCGCGCAGCCCAAGUGUACCAUCGGGCGGGCGCGGAGGCGGCGUCAGCUCCCACCCCCGAGAUCACAUGGUGACCCUCGGCAGCCAAUGCAGUGGACGCUAGGACCCUGCGGGACCCCGGGCGCCUCGACUGCACCGGCGCCGCUGCAUUAUAAAUACUUCUCCAAAAUGCGGCGCAGCUCCCUGCGCGCGCCCCGGCCGCCCGCCACCUCCGCCCUGCGCCCCUGAGCUGCCGCUGCCGCCGCUGUCGCGGGUCCGAGGGCGCCGCGCCCUUGCCCUGGGCCCGGGCUCUGCCCGCCGCCGCCGGCCCGCGUCCCUGCGCUGCGCCGCCCGGCCGGGUGCAUGCAUUGUGGGCCUCCCGACAUGGUCUGCGAGACGAAGAUCUUGGCUGCGGAGGACCAUGAGGCACUGCCGGGGGCCAAGAAGGACGCGCUGCUCGCCGCCGCCGGAGCCAUGUGGCCCCCGCUACCUGCCGCGCCCGGGCCGGCCGUCGCGCCCCCACCCGCGCCAGGUCCCCAGCCCCACGGAGGCACGGGGGGCGCGGGGCCGCCGGAGGGGCGCGGCGUGUGCAUCCGCGAGUUCCGCGCAGCCGAACAGGAGGCGGCGCGCCGCAUCUUCUACGACGGCAUCUUGGAGCGCAUCCCCAACACGGCUUUCCGCGGCCUGCGGCAGCACCCGCGCACCCAGCUGCUCUACGCCCUGCUGGCGGCCCUCUGCUUUGCUGUGACCCGCUCACUGCUGCUGACGUGCCUGGUGCCAGCGGGGCUCCUGGCCCUGCGCUACUACUACAGCCGAAAGGUGAUUCUGGCCUACCUGGAGUGUGCGCUGCACACGGACAUGGCUGACAUAGAGCAGUACUACAUGAAGCCACCUGGAUCCUGUUUCUGGGUGGCCGUGCUGGAUGGCAAUGUUGUGGGCAUCGUGGCCGCUCGGGCCCAUCAAGAGGACAAUACGGUGGAGCUGCUCCGCAUGUCCGUGGACUCACGCUUCCGCGGCAAAGGCAUUGCCAAGGCUCUGGGCCGGAGGGUACUGGAGUUUGCCAUGCUGCACAACUACUCUGCAGUGGUACUGGGCACCACAGCUGUUAAGGUGGCCGCCCACAAGCUCUAUGAAUCACUGGGCUUCAGACACAUGGGCGCAACUGAUCACUACGUGCUGCCUGGCAUGACCCUCUCGCUGGCCGAGCGCCUCUUCUUCCAGGUCCGCUACCACCGCUACCGCCUGCAGCUACGCGAGGAGUGACCACCACCACCUGCCCACCACCCUGUCUGCCCCUGUUCACCUCUGCCCUCCUGCUCGCUGCCCAGUGCGGCCCUGCUUUCCAAUGCUCACCUUGGCGUUAGUUUGGAUUUUCCUUUCUCAGCAUCACCUGGCUGGUUCUGGGGGACACAGGGCGUUGCUCCUCGGCAACACUCUGGUGGGGUAGAUUGUCUGCAGCCCCGGCCCUUGCCCCCCCCAGCCCAGCAGAGUGGCUCGUCAUGCCUUGAAGAGCAGCAUUGUGGACCACCUGGACUAUCCACAAAGCUGCCCAGCCUGCCUCCAUCAGGGGAGGACUAGCCUUGCCCGUCGAGCACAGAACCUCUACAACAAGUCCCACAAGGAGCAGAACCCUGGCCCCCAGCCAGGCUAAGGCUCAGCCAAUGGCCUCUGGAAGAGCGGCCUGCUGGGCUGGCCAGCCACUGCCCUGUGGGAGGCCAAGCUGGCCCCAGGCCCUGCUUUGCCCUGUGCAUGCUGAGGACAUGGCCUGGCUGCAGCAUGCCGCAUGCCACAGCCCCCUGCCCCGCUGCCCUGCCUAGUCUGAACCUCAGGUCCGAGCUGGUGAGCUCACCUGUCCUGUCCUGAGCUGGCCUCUGGAGGGCCCACCUGCCUGAUCCUGUCUCUCUGGUGGGGCCGGGCCUGGCCUAACCCGGCCCUAGCCAUUCCUGCUUUGCUUCAGAAUCAUCUUACCUCUUUCCCUGUGGUCCCCGUGCCUCUUUGCUCUGGCUGACUUGGCUGGGCACCCAGGUUCGGUUCCUGUAGCAAUCCACUGCACAGCAUGGUGGGGAUUUCAGGGGGGUGGGGGGACACCUCCCCCAACACCUGUUAGAUCAGGUGGCCCCCUCCCAGCCGCCCGAGACCCUGUGGACUCAUGCUGUUUGUGGGGUCUGCCCUGUGAAUGUAACUAGCUCAGGCUGUUGUUGGCGAUGCCUGCCACAGCUUCUCCCAGCCUGAAACAACCCAUUCUCUAAUAAGUUACGUAGACAGAAUAGCACUCUGCAUGACUUUAAUUCCCGGGACAAAAUGGUAGUUUGAGCCUCCAGACACACGUCUGUGUGGUGCUAGCAUACAUGUGGUCUCUGGCCCCAUUUGAUGGGGGUGGGUGGCCGGGUAGGUGGAAGGUUUCAGUUUGGAGAAUGGAAAGAAAUUCUAGGUUAGUGGAACUGCCCUCAAAGUGCAUUCCUGGUCUGUGAGGUCUCAGGCUGCCUCUUGAACCCCUGUGUGUAGGCCUGAGGGGACUGGAGGGUCCUAAAGCCUCAUGGGAAGGGCUGGGCACUGCCUGGGACUUGGGAGUUGUUUUUUUGUUGGGGUGGGUCCAGCCAUCUCACUAUAGAGUAUACUGCUGGGCCAACUGCUCCUGGCCUCUCCUUUUUGAGGUCCCACUUAGAGUCCAGCCUGAAUUGGGGGGUAGCCUGGGACAGAGGAAGGAAGGCAGUGGCUGGCAGUGCUCAUGUGGCCACCUGAAACCUGGACUUAGCUUCAGUGCAGGGUGGGGGUGGGGGUGGGGGUGGGGCAUAAAGGCCCAUCCACACCCUCUGUGUGGGGCUUGGGGACAAGGAGUGGCAGGUCGGGUAGGCUGUAGAGCUGGCCCCUGGCACCAUGGCGCCAUUCUUAGAAAGGCUUAGAGGGAAUGAAUGGUGGAACAAGCCCAGCUUCCUGAGGGGCCUUUUGUCCUGUUAGCAAUUGAGGCAUUUGCAGAACACUGUACAGACCCCGCUCUCCCCUGUACAUUCCUCCCUGGUGGUGCCCGGUCCCCUCUUGGGGAUGGGAGUUUUGUAGACUGUACAGAAAUCGGCACCCUAUUUUCUUGCAGCUCUCAGAUUUUGUUAAUCUGGAUUAUACAGACAGACGUAAAGUGUUUUAGCAAAAUGGAAAACAAACAGUUGUGCCUUUUCCUCUU